AUGUUGAAACAUCAAACUGUAAUGUCAUCAAAUAUUCGUCCAUUACUAACUCCAUCUCUCGAGCAACAAUCUGUGAUAACAACCACAGAAGUUGAACCACUUGCAAAUAGUUGGAGAAAACAAACUACUUUACCAUCGAAUGGAAAUACAAUGUAUCGAACUCAACAGUCACAACUAGCAGCGAGAGCACAUGUGUCAGCUAUUCCACCUUCAAUUUCACGUUCAGACUCGUUCAUCAGAUCAAGUCCUGAACCACAGGACUCGUCUUCUGUUAACACAACUAGUACAUCUGUUCCUAUUGGUAUUCAAAUAUUUUGGCUAAUGCCGAAUUGUGAUGCACAUAUCAUUGAUCUACUAUUUAGUAAUCAAUCUAAAUGUUUCGGUGGUCCAAUUGAAGAACAGACGAUUUAUAAACAUUUGGGUGUUGCUUCAGUAGUAUAUAAAAACCACUUAACUGCAGUAGAAGUUGUAACGCACGGCCCGGUGACCUUUCAUGAUUUUGUCUUUCAUACACGUUUGCUAAAGCGUACACUAGAUACACGUGUUAUUUAUUUUUCAAAUUUACCACAAGAUGAAGAAGAAAGACUUAAACUGUAUAUUAAUGCUGUAUCACCACUAGAAAAUAGUUUAGAAAUCAAAUUUUAUGAUAGCAAAAUUACAGCUGAUAAUUAUGUAGGAGCACUUGUUCAGUUUGAGAAUGAUAUUGAUUUUAACCAAAUUGUAAAAAAUAUCGAAAAUCGUCCACGUUGUCACAAUCGUCUUGUCAAAUAUAGACAGUUAUAUAAACCGGAAACAUUACUGGUUGAAUAUGAUGACGAAAAAAGUGCCGAUGAUGUGAAAACAUUAUUUUUAAAUGAUCACCGAAUAUUUCAUAUUAAAAUUCAUGAAUGUUGCGCAUUUGUUCAUUUUUUCAGUAAUGAUGAUGUUAAAAAAUGGUUAUCUUAUCCAUUUCCAGCUCAUAUUCGUCUACAAAUAAUUUAUAUUGAUAUCUAUACCCAAAAAGAAUUCAACGACUAUUUACAAAAACAUUUAGAAGAAAUUAAAAUUAAACCCAAACAAAUUUAUGUUCAUAAUAUACAAUUACCAGAAAAAAUUGAACAAAAAUCAGUACUAAUCGAAACAAAGACAAAACAAGAAUGCUUAUCAAAAGAACAAAUAGAAGUUUGUAAUACAGAAGUACCCAAAACACCAUCACCGCCACAACUCGUAGCACCGCCUCCAUUGAUCAGUAAUUCUAAACAACAACUCAAGACGGCCGUCAAAAGUAAUGAUGAAAAAUUAACUAGCCAACUCUUGACUCAAACAAAAGCCAAAAUUAUUUCUGAUCAAAAGAACACUGUAUUGAAUACAAAUUCAGCAUCUCUACUUCAAAAACAGAAAUCAGUUGUGCAAAUGUCAUCUGCAACAAAAUCAGAAAAAAUGCUACCUGAUACUAAACAGCAUUCAGAACUCAUAACAAAGCCAUCACUAUCCAAACAACAAAAACCGACAGAACCUGUUGUUAAAAAAGAAAAUGAUAAUAUUUCGAAAAAAGCUUCGACAAUACCAUCAACAAAAAUUAUUCCAAAAAAAGAAAAUGAUACUGUUGUAAAUGAUAAGCAAAUGUCAACAAAAUCAACGCUGCAAUCCUCAAUAGAAAAAAAACAAGAUAUAAAAACACUACAACCAAUGCAAUCAGCAAUAAAUAAUCAAAUUAAAAAUGUUACGGUUCAAAAAUCAGUUGAAACAAAGACAAAACAUUUACCUUUAACUACUUCAACCGUCAAAGAGAAGGAGAACAUUGAUUCAUCAGCGACAAAACAGACGCACAUUGAUUCCAAAGAUAGUGAUAUUGAAAAAGAAGAUGAAGCUAACACGACAAGUGGUGGAGACGACAAUAUGUCUUCAAACGAAUCUUUAGAUGAAACAAAUGAUAAUAAUGAUGAAAUUGAAUGGCAAAAAUGUUUAUAUAAAAAUUUAAUGUCAGCAAAUAGUGAAAUGCAGCAAAAUGGUGGUGGAGAUGAAAAUCAUUUAGAAGCACCAUAUACAUUUUUAUAUGGUGAUGAUUAUUGUAUAUCAAUGAAAAAUCGAAAAUUUGCCAAUGCUUUUAUUGAUUGUUUCCACCAUUGUAUGGAAAACUCAGUGAAUCCCGAACGUAUGAACAAGAGUCUGAUAAAGUUUCGAACAACAACAGUCACUCCGAAAAAUCCACCUGUUGUUGUACAACAAGAACGAAUACAAAAACAAGAAAAAAAGAAAAGAAGAAAACGAAAUAGAAAACAGAAUAAAAAUCAGCAACAAACAGUGACAGACAAACAUUCCGAAGUGGAAAAUUAUGGUAAUGAUGAAGAUGAUCCAACAAAUAAUAUCAGUGAACAUGAAAAUCAUUUGCCAAAUAUGCCGCGUGUUGUGUUGACGGAUGAUUUAAAACCUGUUACACUUGUUGAUCACGAUGAUUUACAAGAUUUAGAUGAUGAUACAAAUCAAGCUGAAUGGCAAAAUGUUGGUAGUAAAAAAAGAAAAGACAUUAAAUUACCAUCACAACAACAACGAAGACAGAAAGGAAGUGCGCGAAAAAGAAAAACACGUCCCAUUCAAACUUUGGAACAACAACAAAAAAUGAAAAAAACGAUGAAUGGUAAUGGUACAAGUCAUCCAACCGAUCUAAUCAUUGAUAAAAAAGAUAUUGUUCAAUCAAAGAAAACAGAACAAACGCAUCAGCUCUCAAUGACCAAUAUCCAACAACAAUCAAAGUUAUCUUCACUAUCUUCAUCAACAGCGCCUCCAAAUACAUCACUUGAACAACAACUAAUCUCACCUCCUGUAUCACACGCAACUACAAUAUAUAUUGAUAAUUGUCGCGUGCGUGGAUUUUUCCAUCAAAAAUCAUUUGAAUCAUUUAAAACACAAUUACGUCAAGUAUUUCAAAUAAAUAGCAUUCAUUUUUCAAAAACAGCUUAUACAAUAACAAUUGACGGACAAAAGUUGUUUGUAGAAAAAUGUUUGCAUUUUCUAGAAAAAAUUGGUGCAUAUUUGAGAACAAUGAGUGUUCUACAUGACAAUUUACCUAAAACUGGUUUCAAUUCAAUUGUUAAAACAUCAACAAUAACACACCAAAUACCGUAUCUUUUUGAUAAAAAUGCUGAUUAUGAUCGUUUAUUUUCAUCAUGUUCUCGUCUGAUUGAUUGGCAACUAAAACAACAUUAUGCACAACAAUUAUGUAUUUAUUGCAGAUCAAAAGCAAAACAAUUAAUUAUAUCCUAUUUAGAAAUUCCAGAUAAUCAACAACAAAAUAGUAUUUUAGGCGAGGCAAUCAAACAAAAAGUAACAUUACUAUUAAAACAGUUCAUUUAUAUACCAAUAUAUGUUCCAAACGAAUUACAAUGUACUAAACGAUGGCAAUUAUUCUUUAAAAUCCACCUAUAUGAUCAAUCUUCGUUAAAUAAACAUGUAUUAAUAAGAAGAAUUUCGAAUAUAAUACAAUUGUAUGGAAUUUCAUCAUAUGUUAGUCAAUUACAAUUAUUAAUAACUAAAUUUUUAGAUGCGAAUAGAUAUGAAACAGAAGUGAUUGAAUCACAACAGGCAAAUGGUCUUCAAUCGUUAUUUAAACGUGAAUUUCGUGAAUUAGAAUCAUCUGAUUUAUUUAAAGAAGCUGAAUUAAAAUUUAUUUAUCGUAAAAGAUCAAAUGAUUUAAUAAUGAAAUGUUUUCAAGACAAAAUUGAACAAGUUAAAGGAAAAAUACAAAAAAUGCGUUUAAAUUUAAGUACACAUACGUAUCAAGUUAAAUCACAAAUAAUGAGUAGAUAUUUUGAAAAAUCAAAUGAUCUUUUACAAAUAGCAUCACAAUCAACAUGUAUAAUUACUAUUGAGCCAAGAAAAGAUUAUAGUAAACCAGAUGAAAGUUUGAUAAAUAUAAAAUUAAUAUCAAAAUCACAAGAUAACAUUCAAAAAGCAUUACGUAUGAUUAAAGAGACUGAAGCGAGAAAUUAUUUAUUAAAGCGUCUUGAAUAUACAGAAAUCAAUGAUUUUACACCACAAGAAGUUCUCAGAGUUGAAAAUGAAUGUAAACAACGUAAUGUAACAUUUCAAAUUGAUCAAAAAAAUGCUUAUAUUAUUAUUGAUGGUUUAAAUGAAGACGUUAUUGAAAUUGAUAAAUACGUCAUGGCAUUAAUAGUCGAUGUUGUUCGUCGUGAUAUUAAACUUAGGACAAAUACGAUAGUAUGGUCUUAUCGUAAUAAUAUUACGCAGAAGUCAAUUGCCUACGAUGAUAAUAUGAAAGAACAAUUGGAAAAAUUUUAUUUAGAAAAAAGAGGCGGACUGGUUUCAAUUGAAGAUACAAAUGGAAAACAACAUUUAUUCGAUUUGGAUAAAAUGGUCGAAUUAUCAACACCAGGCAAUAGUACCGGAAAUUUGACAAUAAGCCGAAAAGAUUUGAAAAAUCAAUGCAAAGUUCAGAUGCCCGCACAUUGGUCACCUAUGUCAAAUUCAUGGGCAAAAGUAUUGUUAGAUAAAAGUGAUGCAGAAUAUCAAAAAAUAUUAAAAAUUGCUAAUAUGAUACCAGCAGGUUGCAUAUCAGAAGUCUAUCGUAUACAAAAUAAUCGACUAUAUCAACAAUAUUUGGCUCAUAAAGAAACAUUUUCAUCACGUUUUCAUGAAUUAGAUUAUGAAAAAAUAUUAUAUCGUAUUGAAACAGCAAAUUCAACAAUAAUUGAUGACAUAUGUCAAAAUGGAUUUAAUCGAAGUCAUAAUGAUCCUACGUGUGCACAUUAUGGUCAUGGUGUUCAUUUUUAUCGUAAAGCAAUUGAUAUUGAUCAUAGUCUAACAUUGAGUUCACGAAUGAUGAUGCACAAUAGUCAUAUGAAUGAUGGUGAAACGAGUAUAAGAUGUUUAUUUGUUUGCAAAGUGUUAGUUGGACGUAUGACUGUUGGUAACGCAUCAGUAAAGUUGCCAAGUUUACCAAAAGAAGGGCGAUGGAAAUGGCAUGAUCAUCAACUUAUCUACGAAAACUAUGAUGGGUUUGAUGAUCGAGUACCGAAAAAAAAUACCAGUGAAGUAUUAAAGCUCGAUAUUCGUACCGGAACUGAAGUAUGGAGAAAACAAAAUCGACCAGUUCAAUAUAUUAUCAAAACGAAAGAUAAUGUUCAAAUAACAUUGGCCGAUGUUGUGCAAGCAACGCUAAAUGUGAUGAGUGAUACGCAUUAUAUCCCUAUUGAAUUUGAAGAAUAUGUCCGAUUUCCACAAGUACAAGAUUUUCUGUUAUGUUUACUCAAUUAUUUUCAAUGGUUUUUCGAAAUUUCUGAUGAUACUUUGUUAGAAAAUCAUAUCGGAUACACACACAAUGAAAAAGAACGUAUCAGUGUGGCAUAUACACGAGCACUGAGAGCCCUGCGAGAAUUAGACUGUAAAUAUGCUACAUUAUUAUUAGGCACAGGGUUGAAAGAUUAUCAUCAUAUGAGAAAUGGAGAAUUGCAUUAUUCAUGUGAUAAUUUGGAUCGUACAAUAUUUGAGCACAUUGAAAAAUGCCUGAAAAAUAUUGCCAAUGACUCAAGCCGUUUCUCAACGACACCUCAGGCAUUCUAUCGCUUAGCAGAUAUGAAAAAUCGUUCUACAAUAUGUCCAAUUGAUAGUGUCAAAAAAUUAAAAUCUCACAAAAAAGAAACAGGAGAAGAUGAAACGAAAUAUAAAAAGAAAUGGACCAGGAAUUGUUGGGAUCAUUGGAGAACUACAUUACAAUUUCGAUUUGGUGCGUCUAAGAUUGAACCCUCAAAAACAUGUUUGUUAACAUGCGAAGAAAAAAUUCAGUUAUGCCAUAUUGUGACGCGAUGUCAAACAGAUUAUAUUACUACAUCCACAGGAUUUUCAACGCAUGAUACAACUUUAGAAGAUAUUAAAUUACUGCGAGAAAAGUGUGAUGAAAAUGUGAAAAUAAAAGCUUCCGCUGGAAUCAUUCACAUAGAAUCAGUUCGAGAAUUACUCGAUGCAGGAGCAACGAGAUUAGGCACAAGUUUCGGAGCAAAAUUAGUUGAAGAUUUGUGGAAGACAUGA